ACUCGGAGCACAUGAGCAUCGUCAACCUGCCCGAGGGCCAACACGAGUACAAGUUCCGCAUCGACGGCGAGUGGGUGGUGGACACCAGCGAGCCCACCGUCGACACGCCGUCCGGCGACAAGAACAACUACAUCACGGUGCGCGUCGACGACUUCAGGGCCUGCGACGCGCUCAACAUGGACACGGUGCCAGCUGGCCACGAGCUGUCCGGCUCGCCGCCCGGCUGCUACUCCCAGGAGCUGCCGCAGCCCAAGCCGUGGAUGCCGGCGCAGCCGACGCAGCCGCCGGCACUGCCGCCGCACCUGUUGGAGGUGAUCCUCAACAAGGACACGCCCAGCUCGUGCGAGCCCACGUUGCUGCCUGCGCCCAACCACGUCAUGCUCAACCAUCUGUACGCGCUGAGCAUUAAGGACGGCGUGAUGGUGCUCAGCGCCACGCACCGCUAUCGUAAGAAGUACGUCACCACGCUGCUGUACAAGCCCAUCUAGGACGGGCGGCGGCGGCUCCGGCCGCGGCGGGCGGGGCGGGUCGCUCGGUCGACGCCCUGCGGCCCGCCCUUAGGGUCCGCCGGAGCGACGCGGCCCGACCGGCAUGGGUAGCGGCUGUUGGCGCCCCCUCUUCCGGCUGGUGGUGCUGGCUGUUCCUCUGUCGUCGGGCCGAUCGACGGGUGACGUGUGCGAAGACUAACGCCCAUAUCAUGUGUAGCUGAUCGUGUUUUAUGCAACUUAAUGGUGGCUGGUGGAGAAGCUGAUGUUUUUGGUGUAUACUGUAUUUGGAUGAAAUGGGCGCGCAGGGUCUCUUUCUCAUUGAGUUCUGAGGCUGUUUGUCCGGCCCCGGUUGUGCUUUUUACACUGUGCGUCUGAUCGAGCUCGAAAUCGUGUAUUUCUGCAGCUGUGGAACGAUUCUCUAACAUUCCAACGUGGGCUGUAACAUGCAGCCGCGCUUAUGUCAGCGCCUGCGCACAUGUGCUUCACCCGAAGCUGCAGCCGGAACAUAAUACGUCGUGUAGUGUAGUCACGUGCCAUGCGUGCUCCGACCCGAGACCGAGAGCGGCGCCAAAGCUCGAGGACGGGUGCGCGCACGUAGCGCCAGAUCUAGCAGCGGCAUUGUACCCUCAUGGCGCGCCGGGACGGCACUGCUCGCUGCGUGUGCUGGCUGCCAGUCUGUCUUCCCUGUCCGUCGGGACGUGACCCACAAAGGCUGGACGUGUUCGGGUCAGACGCGCCGUGUUUUAUCCGCGCUGUGCGUACCGUCGGCAGCGUGUAGUGUGCGUGUGUUGAUGUGUGUUUUAAACAUUUUGAAAUAUACUUAAUGCUGUGCCA